CGUCAUCAGCGGCCCAGUCUGGCGCUACAGCUGUCGAGCAGCAGGAAGCGGCCUCUCUUUCCUCAGAUCCCGCUGCCUUGUGGGAUCGCGGCGGGUUCCUCUCGUCCAGAAGGGUUUCCGGGUUUCUCCAGCCCCGCAUCUGUCGCUGAGUACGGAAGCUGAAAGGGUCCGCGGGCAGCAUGGCGGCGCACCUCAAAAAGCGGGUGUAUGAGGAGUUCACUAAAGUUGUUCAGCAACAACAGGAGGAAAUUGCGACUAAGAAACUCCGACUGACAAAACCCAGUAAAUCCGCAGCACUCCACAUAGACCUGUGUAAGGCCACCUCCCCUGCAGAUGCUUUGCAGUACCUCCUGCAGUUUGCCAGGAAGCCUGUUGAGGCAGAAAGUGUGGAGGGAGUGGUCAGGAUUCUCUUGGAACAUUAUUACAAGGAAAAUGAUCCAUCUGUGAGACUGAAAAUCGCAUCCUUGUUGGGUUUAUUAUCAAAGACCACUGGAUUUUCACCAGACUGCAUUAUGGAUGAUGCCAUAAACAUACUACAGAAUGAAAAGUCUCAUCAAGUUCUAGCUCAACUGCUGGAUACUUUACUUGCGAUUGGUACUAAACUGCCAGAGAAUCAAGCUGUUCAGAUGCGAUUGGUUGAUGUAGCCUGCAAGCACCUGACAGAUACUUCCCAUGGUGUAAGAAAUAAGUGCCUACAGUUACUUGGUAACCUUGGCUCUUUGGAGAAAAAUGUCAUAAAAGAUGCAGAAGGCCUUACUGCCAGAGAUGUACAGAAGAUUAUAGGGGAUUAUUUCAGCGACCAAGAUCCACGUGUCAGAACAGCAGCUAUAAAAGCUAUGUUGCAGCUUCAUGAAAGAGGACUGAAGUUACAUCAAACAAUUUAUAAUCAGGCCUGUAAAUUGCUCUCUGAUGACUAUGAACAAGUACGCAGUGCUGCAGUCCAGCUUAUCUGGGUUGUCAGUCAGCUCUACCCUGAAAGCAUUGUCCCAAUCCCUUCUUCAAAUGAAGAAAUUCGUUUAGUUGAUGAUGCCUUUGGAAAAAUUUGUCAUAUGGUCAGUGAUGGCUCCUGGGUGGUUCGUGUUCAAGCUGCAAAACUAUUGGGCUCUAUGGAACAAGUCAGUUCUCAUUUCUUGGAGCAGACCCUUGACAAGAAGCUGAUGUCAGAUCUGAGGAGGAAGCGUACUGCACAUGAGCGUGCCAAGGAACUUUACAGUUCAGGGGAGUUUUCCAGUGGCAGGAAGUGGGGAGACGAUGCUCCUAAGGAAGAAAUAGAUACUGGGGCUGUGAACUUGAUCGAGUCAGGAGCUUGUGGAGCCUUUGUUCAUGGGUUGGAAGAUGAGAUGUACGAGGUCCGCAUUGCUGCCGUGGAGGCUCUCUGCAUGCUGGCCCAGUCUUCACCCUCUUUUGCUGAGAAGUGCCUUGAUUUCCUGGUCGACAUGUUUAACGAUGAAAUUGAAGAAGUACGUCUGCAGUCCAUACAUACUAUGAGAAAAAUCUCCAACAAUAUUACCCUCCGAGAAGAUCAGCUUGACACUGUCCUGGCUGUGUUAGAGGAUUCAUCCAGAGAUAUUAGAGAGGCUCUUCAUGAACUCUUGUGCUGUACUAAUGUUUCAACUAAAGAAGGGAUUCAUCUUGCACUGGUGGAGCUGCUAAAAAACUUAACCAAGUACCCUACGGAUAGGGACUCCAUAUGGAAGUGCUUGAAGUUUCUGGGGAGUCGGCAUCCAACGUUGGUGCUUCCCUUGGUACCAGAGCUCUUGAGCACCCACCCUUUUUUUGACACAGCUGAACCAGAUAUGGAUGAUCCAGCGUACAUUGCAGUUUUGGUUCUUAUUUUCAAUGCUGCCAAAACCUGUCCAACAAUGCCUGCACUGUUCUCAGAUCAUACCUUCAGGCACUAUGCCUACCUCCGAGACAGUCUUUCUCAUCUUGUUCCUGCCUUGAGGUUACCAGGUAGAAAAGUGUUGUCAUCAGCCAUCUCUCCCAGCAUCACUCCUCAUGAGGACCCUUCCCAGCAGUUCCUGCAGGAGAGCCUGGAAAGAGUGUACAGUCUUCAGCACCUGGACCCUCAGGGUGCCCAGGAGCUGCUAGAGUUCACCAUCAGGGAUCUGCAAAGACUUGGAGAACUUCAGUCUGAAUUGGCAGGAGUAGCUGACUUUUCUGCUACCUAUCUUCGAUGUCAACUACUCCUCAUCAAGGCUCUGCAGGAGAAGCUGUGGAAUGUGGCUGCCCCUUUAUAUUUGAAGCAGAGUGAUUUGGCCUCAGCAGCAGCAAAACAGAUCAUGGAGGAGACCUACAAAAUGGAGUUCAUGUACAGUGGUGUAGAGAAUAAGCAGGUGGUGAUUAUACAUCACAUGAGGCUGCAGGCCAAGGCUUUGCAGCUUAUAGUGACAGCACGGACUACUCGAGGAGUUGACCCCUUAUUUGGGAUGUGUGAAAAGUUUUUACAAGAAGUGGACUUUUUUCAGAGGUGUUUCAUCGCUGACUUACCUCAUUUGCAGGACAGCUUUGUAGACAAACUUCUUGAUCUUAUGCCCCGCCUCAUGACAUCGAAACCUGCAGAAGUGGUUAAAAUUCUACAGAACAUGCUCCGACAGAGUACCUUCCUGCACCUCCCCCUUCCAGAACAGAUCCACAAAGCAUCAGCCACUAUCAUUGAGCCAGCGGGUGAGUCAGACAACCCUUUGCGGUUUACAUCUGGGUUGGUGGUGGCCUUGGAUGUUGAUGCAACCCUGGAACAUGUGCAGGAUCCUCAGAGUACAGUAAAGGUUCAGGUCUUAUAUCCAGAUGGCCAGGCUCAGAUGAUCCACCCUAAGCCAGCAGACUUUCGGAAUCCUGGCCCUGGGCGGCACCGUCUCAUCACUCAGGUGUACCUCUCCCACACUGCCUGGACAGAGCCAUGCCAGGUGGAAGUAAGGCUGCUCUUGGCCUACAACUCCAGUGCUCGCAUCCCGAAGUCACCCUGGAUGGAGGGUGGUGAAAUGGCCCCCCAGUUGGAAACCAGCAUCGAGGGCACCAUCCCCUUCAGCAAGCCUGUGAAAGUGUACAUCAUGCCCAAGCCUGCUAGGCGCUGAGGCCCACGCAGCCCGCACUGCCACGGCCCACAGGCCCUUCUUCGGGCUCAUAGGGAGCCAGAACCUGGAGCACUUCACCUGGAAAUGGUGUGUAGGCAUAAGAUUAUGCAGCCUUUUCUGUCUCAUCUGGUAUCAAAACAAGAUAAAUUAUUUUGAAUUAAAAAUCCAAAAUAUU